AUGGCGCCUCAACUGAAGACAGAUGCGUAUGUUCUGGGCGUCGGGCUCACACCCUUCAUCAAGCCCAGACGUGAACGAGAAUACCCAGAGCUCGGCUUCGAAGCUGGAGUGAAAGCAAUGCUCGAUGCGCAGAUCAACUACGACGAUGUCGAGAUGGGUGUGGCGUGUUUCUGCUACGGAGAUACCACAUCUGGCCAGCGAAUCUUUUAUCAAUUCGGCAUGACAGCUAUCCCUAUCUACAAUACCAACAAUGCUUGUGCCACAGGAUCUACGGGCUUACACAUGGCGAGAACGAUGGUUCGAUCGGGAGCCGCCGACUGUGUGUUGGUCAUUGGAUUUGAGCAGAUGAGCCCUGGCAGUAUCAAGAGCGUCUGGGAUGAUCGUCCAUCUCCCAUGGGGCUGAGCACAAAGAUGAUGGAAGACACUCGUGGAAAGCACAACAGUCCUCGUAAUGCACAGUACUUUGCUAACGCCGGACGAGAAUACAUGGAGAAGUACGGUGCUCGCCCAGAAGACUUUGCCGAAAUUGCUCGCAUUAGCCACGAGCACUCCCAGCGCAAUCCGUAUGCUCAAUUCAGAAAAGAAUACUCUAUGGAAGAGAUCAUGAAUGCACCCAUGAUCCACGCUCCUUUGACCAAGCUUCAAUGCAGCCCUACCAGUGACGGUGCUGGAGCUGCAGUCAUCGUAUCGCAACGCUUCCUGGACGCUCGACCUCAACUUCGUAAUCAGGCUAUCCUUAUGGCCGGACAGACCCUCAUGACCGAUACUCCUGCCCUCUACUCAAAGAGUGCCAUGGAUCUUGUUGGCUUCGACAUGACCAGGAAAGCUGUAGCUGCCGCGUACAAAGAAGCUGGUGUCGGCCCGAAAGACAUAUCCGUUUGUGAGCUCCAUGAUUGUUUCUCUGCGAACGAAUUAGUACUUCUCGACGGUCUUGGGUUUUCUCGACCCGGCAAAGCACAUGAAAUGGUUCGCAAUGGCGACAUCACAUAUGGUGGCAAAGGUCCCAUCAUCAAUCCCAGUGGAGGGCUGAUCUCAAAGGGCCACCCACUCGGCGCCACCGGCCUUGCGCAAUGUGCGGAACUCUGCUGGCACUUGCGAGGCUGGGCCAACAAUCGCUUCGUGGACACCAAAGUGGCAUUGCAGCACAACCUUGGACUGGGAGGUGCAGUCGUCGUGACAAUCUACAAGAGGGCAGAUGGACAGAGGAAUGUCAAGCUCAGUAACGAGGACAUUAUUCGUGAGUCAGCCUUCGAAUACAAUCCCGCGGUGGAGGCGAGACAUCCCGCUCUUCAAGAUGCGGAUAAAGUCCGGAGUCGAUCAAAGAGGAAUGAAUAUGCACUUGGUGAUACGCAGGAAAAGAUUCAAGCUAGAUUGUAG